CCGCUGGUGACAGUAUUUAUUCGGCACAAAAGUAGCGCUGACAGAACACAUACUCUACCAAGUGUGUCGACACAUACACCAGCGUUAUAGAGUUACUUCCCUGCUGCUUAGCUCUCUCUUGUACGUUAAGAUGGCGACUUCGUCUGAUAGGUCUAUUGAUAUUUUACUUGUUGGCAAGACGGGCCACGGGAAAAGCGCCACAGGAAACACAAUCCUCAGAAAAGAAGCUUUCAAGAGCGACCCAACUUCCACCUCGGUCACAUCGGGUGCAGCGUUUGACGUAGCCAUGUUCAAAGAUCGGAAAAUUGUCGUAGUUGAUAGCCCAGGUAUUGGCGACACACGGAGAAACAAGCGAGACGAUAUUCUAAAGUUCAUUGACUCCGUGGCCAAUGCUUUAGCAGCCAACCCAAAAGGAUAUCACGCCAUUAUCUUUGUUAUGAAGUUUGGAACACGUUUCACGAAAGAAGAAGUCUACGCCGUUGAACUUUUUAAACAGAUAUUUGGAGCUGAGUUCAUUACAAAACAUUGUAUCCUGCUAUACACAUACGGCGAUAGUUUUGAUACAGAUCCAUCGAUUCAAGGGAGGAAAAUAUCAUUUGAUCAGUGGCUGAAAGAACAAAAUGAUAUCAAUCUAGUUCCGUUUCUCAACGAAAUCAACUAUCGAGCUAUCCUUUUCAACAACAGAUCAAAGGACGACAACCAGGUAACGAAAUUGAUCAAGAUGAUUGAUCGAUUGAACACAGGACGAGAGAGAUACUCUCACGAGAUGUUUCAACAAACGCAAGAGUUUAGAGAGAGUUUGGUACGAGAGUUAGAGCGACCGUUUAUCGAUGACGAACUAAUGCAAGAAAUCUUCGAAGUCAAAGCACGUUAUGAUGGCUUUGAGAUCGAUGAAGAAAACAUUGGAUGUUCUUUAACAAAACUCACUUUCAUCAGAGAGAGGGCAAAACAACUGCUUGAAAAACUGCAUGACAGAAAUGGGAAUACGACAGCUUUAUCUAACGUCAUCAGCAUUAUCAACAGAAUGACGGUAGAUUUAGAGAACCAAGCGCAGGAACUGGAGACAGUGUGCAAAGAAUCAGGAGCAGAAAUGGGUAUAGGACCUGUCGAUACAACUCCAGCAGUAACUCCAGAACCAUCCAGCAAUUUUGUGGCCGCCAGAAAGAUCGUCCAGGAAACUUUGACUCCCGUACAGCGGGAGAAGAUCAGAGUUAUCCGACACAGCAGUUUGUUGAGAAAAGAAGAAACACACAGACAAUUUCUCAUAGUCAAAGAGCAGAUAAACUCUGCUGGCUUCUUUAGCUCUCUCUUCGAAUUUUUUAAAAGAAUUAUCAGAAAAAUUCUUAACACCUUUUGAAAUGUACUUUAAGUAAGGAAAUUCUAAAACUAAGCUUAAUAUUCACGAUCUUAUAGCUUGCUUCAUUUGCGAUUUCAAAUAUAUUAACUAUAUUCAUCCUCAAUAACAUUUUACGUGCAACUAAAAAGAUUUCAAUUUGUUGUCAUUAAUAUUACAAUGUUCUUUUAGCAAUAUUUUUUAACUUGUAGAGACGUUUCAAAUAUGUGUAUGCUGUUAAUUUAUUUUAAAAAAUUAUAAUUUUACGUUUUGAUUACCGUAAUAAAAAUAUAUCAUUAUAUAUAUUAUAUAUAUUAAGCUUAGCUUAUUACAUCUUGGGCCUAUUAAAUAUUUAACAAUUAUGUAAUUGUAACAAAAAUACUUAUUUGCAAAAUCGCUUUCAAAUGCAAUUUUACAUUGAUCUUUGAAUUAAAAUUUAUUUUGGUAUAACGUUAUGAUUUGUCUCUCAUUACAGCAUUAAACGAAUUUAUGGGUUGUUUUUUUUUAAUGUUCAGUACCAUUUCCGUAAGGUGGGAAAAUUCAACAAAUAAGUAUUAUAUUAGACAUUCAUGAUUUUGACUAAUUUUCAUCGAUAACGGAAAUAGUCCUUUAACUCCGUGAGAACACGAUAAAUUGAGCACUAUAUCAUUUCGGUAGAUUCAACUUCAUCUACAAGAUUUUAUACUUACUUUUACAUCCAUUAUUCAGAAAUGGACAUUGUUUAUUUCAUGGUUAGGUGGAGGAGAAGGGAGAUUGUACAUGGGGUUUACGUCAAGGAGUUCAUGACUUUAUUUUUCUAAAUACAUUUACCCGUAAUUGGAAUACCGUUUCAGCUUGGCAAACGAAAUUUUACGUUUAGAAAGUUAUUUACUUUACGUAGAUCAUUUUUAACUUCUGUCCAUUUCCCUUCAACGCAGGGGUAUUUUAAUUUUUGAUUUUUCAGAUUUUUUAUUCGUUCUAAAUUUGUUAAGCAUCAUGAUGUAGGUUCUGGACAUCGAUUUCAGCCUACUAUUCUCUCUAGAUUUACUUCCUUAGCCUUUGUCCAACCAACAAAAAACUUCAAGGCAGCAGUUAUAUGAUUUUAGUGUUUUCUCUUUCCUAGGUUGCUGCCCCUUAGCUAUCGAGCCU